CACCAUCUCAAUUCCCAAAAACCUAUCCGCCGAGAGUAUUCACUUUAGAAAACUGAAGCGUUGAUAGGCUUUCGAAUUUUGUCCAAUAUUUGCAGCCUACUACUAUCGCGCGCUACUUUUUGAUAUCAGUCUUCGCCUACGGUGGCCCAAGCAACCUAAGCUACCUAAGCUACCCUGAGAAGGUCCCUUUAGGCACGCUAUAAUCGCCCUUUUUUUUACUGGAGUCAACGCCCGCGUUUACGAAAAGCCCCGCAGAGCCUGCGCCGAAUCGGUCAGCCUUCGCAACCACGACGACGGCGCCUCUCGACUCUCGGUCUACGGAUCUGAGAGAAACACUCUCUCGCACAGUCACGGCCGGACGCAUACUUUUUGACGCUGCCGACGAUACCAAGUUUCCAUCGCAGCCGCCACCGGUUCCGCGCUUUCGCAGAUACCCCGCCAAGGCAACCGUCGAAGAGCAAAGGUCGAGAGAGAUGGACGGCAAAAGGCACCUAAACUCGUUCCAGCAGCUGGAGAAGCUGGGCGAGGGAACAUAUGCUACCGUUUUCAAAGGUCGGAAUAGACACACGGGAGAGCUUGUUGCACUAAAGGAGAUUCAUUUGGACUCGGAGGAGGGUACACCAUCAACGGCAAUCCGUGAGAUCUCGCUUAUGAAAGAGCUCAAGCACGAGAACAUAGUCGGCCUUCACGAUGUCAUUCACACCGAGAACAAACUGAUGCUGGUCUUUGAGCACAUGGACGGCGAUUUGAAGAAAUACAUGGACACCAAGGGUGACCGCGGAGCACUGCAACCCAUGGUGAUCAAGUCAUUCAUGUACCAGUUGCUCAAGGGCAUCGAUUUCUGCCACCAGAACCGCGUCCUGCACCGCGAUCUCAAGCCACAAAACCUUUUGAUCAACAACAAGGGCGCUCUCAAGCUCGGCGACUUUGGUCUGGCUCGUGCCUUUGGUAUUCCUGUCAACACCUUCUCCAACGAGGUAGUGACGCUCUGGUACCGCGCACCCGACGUUCUUCUGGGCAGCCGGACGUAUAACACCAGUAUAGACAUAUGGUCGGCCGGAUGCAUCAUGGCGGAGAUGUUUACCGGUAGGCCACUGUUCCCGGGCACUACCAACGAGGAUCAGAUCGUUCGCAUCUUCCGGAUCAUGGGUACGCCCUCGGAGCGUACGUGGCCGGGCUUCUCGCAGUUCCCAGAGUACAAGAAGACGUUCCACACGUACGCCACUCAGGAUCUGCGGAACAUCCUCCCUCAGAUCGACGCUACCGGCAUCGACCUUCUGGGUAGGAUGUUGCAAUUGCGUCCUGAGAUGCGCAUCAGUGCGCACGACGCACUGAAGCACCCCUGGUUCAACGACAUUCUUAUGCAGCAACACCAGCAACAACAUGCCAUGCAGGCCCAGGCCCAGGCUCACCAAGCAAGGGCACAGUCAAGUACUAGCCAGCAGCAAAGCUAUUCUCAACAGCAGGUGCCACAACAGCAGCAGCAGACACAUUCACAGCCACAGCCAUAUGAGAAUUAUUAACUUCAAUGUGCGGAGCUACAUAUGUUUAUCUUGCAUAUUGACCUCGCGAGCCUGCGUUUCCGUCUGCUGGCUAGCUUAAUCACCAUGUGCUUUGGAUCACGACUGUCUUUGUGAGAUUGAGCAAAGGUCCACUUGAUGUUGUCUCCUUGGGCAGUUUUGUUUCUGUGCUUUCGUCAUUUGCUUGUGCCUCUUUCGUUGGCCAUCUGUUUUCGGGUGUAAGCAUCGGUUCUGCAUUAGGAUAAGAAUAUUGGAAGGGAGCGGUUAUGAUAUUUGUUCUUUUUAAUUUUGGUACACUCCGUAGAUAUUCUAUUAUUGGUUUGCUAGAAA